AUGUCCAUGAGCUUCGUGUGCAUGGUGGAGGCGGAGUUGCCCCCAGGGUUCCGGUUAUACCCAAGGGAUGAUGAACUCAUUCGUGAAUAUCUAGCACAGAAGGUCUUUGGCAGGAUCGGCUUCUCUGGACAUCGGCCGCCUAUGGUGGACGUCGAUCUCAACAAGGUUGAGCCAUGGGAUCUCCCCAGGGCAGCAUUGGUCGGGCCUAGGGAGUGGUAUUUCUUCAGCCAAAGGGACCGAAAGUAUGCGACGGGGCAACGCACAAACCGGGCAACAGCAUCUGGUUACUGGAAGGCUACAGGCAAGGACCGUGUGGUGGAGUGUCAUGGCAUGCUGGUGGGGAUGAGGAAAACCCUUGUAUUUUACCAUGGCAGAGCCCCCAAGGGAAGCAAGACGGACUGGGUGAUGCAUGAGUACAGGAUGAUGGAGGGCUCACAUGAGCAAUCUUCCAACCUUUCCAAGGUAAUUUAUGAAAUAAGGUGUGCCUAG